UGAACACAUUAACUGUUGAACUCAGAGAAGAAGAACAACAGCAGAAGCAGGAGAUUGAAACGGCGGAGAUGGCCGGUAGCAGACUGGAGAGGUUCGGAACCGUUUAUACACGGGUUCGAGACCUGAUGCGUUCUGGAGUGGUGAAGCAGGCUGAUAGACCCGUGUGGUUCGACGUAUACGAGGCCUUCCCACCCAAGAGAACCCCCUUGUACGUGAAACCACAUCCUUGGACCCCUGCAAAGAAGCAGGACCCGGUUCCUGAAAUCUUCUACAGUGAAGACCAGAUCAGAGCGAAGUUCUACAAGAAAUAUUGGACCGGUUCAAGACCUCUGGAUUUGACCAAAACCAACUUUGUGUCCGUCUGUCAGAGGUUUGUAGUAAAGUAUGAGGCGUUAAAGGUCAGCUCAGAUCUGGACGAUGACGCUCUGUUUGAGGAAACUGGAAAAGUUUUACUGGCAGAAGGAGUCGUCCUGACGCAGAAAGGAAAGACAACGCAGACGGCGGCAGAACCCAGGGAUCCGGUUCUGGAUUUGAAGUUGAAGGAAAUGUUGGCAGAGCAGAUCGUCAACGCUGAAACGGAAGAGAAACCCACGGAACCCAUGCCUUAGAAACAGGAAACGGAAAAGAGGAAACGGGAACGGGAAGCCCCUCUGUCAGACUGAAACCCAGACUCUGGAGGUAACGGCUCCGUAUUCCCGCCUCCACAUGAUAAAACUGGACUCAACAUCCAGGACGGGUUUGGAUCCAAUGAGCCUCUACGUCAGGGCGGUCAGACAUACGGCCCGUGGGCCAAAACCGGCCGCCAAAGGGUCCGAUCUGGCCCACUGGAUCCAAAAAUGACACUGAAUAUAUUAAGAAUCAUGUUAGUCCAGGUUCCACAUCCAGACCAGUAUGAUCUAAAGUGGAUCAGAACCAGGACAAUAAGAACAGAAGAAACUAGAACUAAUGACAAAUACACACGUUUGUCUUUGUUUCAGU